UCAGCAUCAUGAGUGGUAGGCGUAUACAUUCUGUUUUGGUUGGGCUUCUAUGCCUGGUCAUUGCCUCUACUAUUUGUUGUUCUAGUAGUGUUGGAACCUCCAGCAUUCUGUGCUUGGAGAGUGAAAGACAUGUUCUUCUCCGGUUUAAACAAGGCCUUGUGGAUGAGUCCAAUGCGCUUGCUUCUUGGAAAAGUGAGAAAGAUUGCUGCAAGUGGAGAGGAAUCGCAUGCAACAACCAAACAGGUCAUGUCAUCACUCUAAAUCUCUGUAUUUUUUGUGAUGAUUACAUGUAUGCUGCAACUCCUUUAAUUGGUGAAAUUGAUCCUUCACUACUUGAAUUACGACAUCUAAAUCACUUGGACCUCAGUUUCAAUGAUUUUGGAGGAAUGAUUCCCAAGUUCAUUGGCUCUUUGAGUCAAUUGAAAGAACUCAAACUUGCACAAGCUAAUUUCAGCGGAUCUGUUCCACCCCAACUUGGAAACCUCUCUAAUUUGCACACUCUUGAUCUUUCCUGGAACGAAUUUCUUAGUUCUGAAAAUAUUGAGUGGUUAUCUCAUCUUUCUUCCUUGAGAUACCUGAACAUGUCAGGUGUAGAUUUGUCAAAGGUUGUGAAUUGGCCACAAUCUUUAAGCAAGCUCACUUCACUGAUAGAGCUUCAGUUAUCUUGGUGCCAUCUUCCUGAUGUCAAUCUAAGAUCACUUUCCUUUAUUAAUUCUUCCACCUCUCUUCAAGUCCUUGACCUCUCUCAGAACUCUCUUAUUAAUUCUUCAAUAUUUCAUUGGAUAGCCAAUGUCAGCAACAACUUUGUUCAUAUUCAAUUAUCAGAUAAUGAUUUACAAGGUCCCAUACCAGCUCAUGUUUUCACAAGCAUGGUUUCUCUAGGCUCUCUAGAUCUCUCUGGUAACUUACUUGAAGGUGGGAUGACAAAGGCCUUUCAAAACUUAUGCAGCUUAGAAUCGUUGGUUUUAGCUUCAAACCAAUUCUCUGAAAACAUUCAGGACUCUUUAGAAACCUUGUCCUGUGCUGAGGACACACUUGAGAGCUUGGACUUGAGUGGUAACUGGUUUUGGGGUUCAUUUCCAGAAUUGACAGGUUUUUCAAAGCUGAGAGAGUUACGUCUCCAUGAUAAUACUCUAAACGGGUCAAUACCCGAGAGUGUCGGGCAACUUUCUUGCCUUGAACAUUUGGAUCUUUUUGGGAAUUCUUUGAAUGCUGUCAUAACAGAAGCCCACCUUUUGAACCUCUCUAGUUUUAAGCAUUUGGAUGUUUCUAAUAAUACAGCGUUGUCUAUCAACCUGAGCUCAGAUUGGAAUCCACCAUUUCAACUUGAUACGUUAGGCAUGUCCUCUUGCAAGGUGGGACCAGCAUUUCCAAAAUGGAUUCAAACGCAGAGAAAUCUUACUCGGCUUUCUUUGGAUAAUGCUAGUAUAUCAGAUUCCUUACCUAGUAAUUUUUGGGAUCUAUUUUCUGACUUAGAGGAAUUAGAUCUCUCUAGGAAUAAAAUUCGUGGAAAACUGCCGGAUCUGCCAUCAUUUCCUCCAGGGCUCAUCACUUUGUAUCUCUCGAAUAACAUGUUUUCAGGAUCCUUGUCUUCCUUAUGUGCAACACAGGCUCCACAGUUGAAUUUUCUCGACCUUUCUGAGAACCUACUGUCAGGGGAGCUUCCUAAUUGUUGGAUGUCAUUUCAACUAUUAGACAUAUUGUAUUUGGGAAAGAAUAAAUUAUCUGGGAAAUUACCAAGCUCAUUAGGGAAUUUAGAGGCAAUUAGCGUAUUGGGUUUACAUAGUAACAACUUUUCAGGAGAAUUGCCUUCUUUAAAGAACUGUACAAGAUUAACCAUUCUUGACCUUGGGAACAAUAACCUGUCUGGAAAGAUACCAUCAUGGAUAAACCAAAACCUAAAAUAUUUGAGAGCUCUUCGCCUAAGGUCCAAUAUGUUCAAUGGAAUCAUACCCUUUUCCAUGUGCGGUCUAACCACCAUUCAUGUCUUGGACCUCUCUCAGAAUAAUAUAUCAGGCGCCUUGCCAUAUUGCUUUAAUAACAUAUUAGCUUUGGCUGAUGAUGCUACGUAUGAUAUUAUGAAUGUAGAAUUGGUGUGGAAAGGGAUAGAGAUUGAGUUUGGGGAAAAUCUUCAGUUUCUGAGAAGCAUUGACAUUUCAAGCAAUUAUUUGGUUGGGGAAAUUCCACAAAGCAUAACAAGUAUGUCAAAGUUGAAUUCUCUGAACCUGUCAAGAAACAAUUUGACAGGAAAGGUUCCUGAAAACUUUGGGAAUUUGAAGAAGUUAGAGUCUCUCGAUUUGUCAAGAAACCAGAUAUCUGGUAGAAUUCCUACAAGUUUUUCGAGCUUAAAUUUUCUUGAAGUCUUGGACGUAUCACACAACCACUUGUCCGGAGAAAUUCCACUAGGCACCCAACUUCAAACUUUUAAUGCUUCUGCAUAUAUGGGAAACCUUGGACUUUGUGGACCACCACUGACACCAAAUUGUUCAGGAGAUGGAACAACUCAAGUUGAUGAUAACAAAGAACAUGAUAAUGAUGGUCUCAUAAACUUGGGAUUCUUUAUCAGUACAGUGCUGGGAUUCAUCACAGGAUUUUGGGUGGUCUGUGGUAGUUUAGUGCUAAAGAGUUCUUGGAGAUACGCCUAUUUCAAAUUCCUGGAUGAUUCAAGAGAUUGGGUUUAUGUCAAAGCCGUUGUCUACAAGGCCAAAAUGCAGGAGAGACUUCGAAGAUAAAUGGUCAAGAGCUGUUGGCAUUCGGGAUAAUGAGCCUAAUUACCCUGUAGCUCAAACUUCAAGGCUGGGAUGUUUCGAGAUGUCUUUGCUUCCCCUUAUAGCAAGAAAUAGAAUAAAUACCAUGCUUUGAUUCUGUUGACAGAUCUGUAUAAUUAUAUAUAUUAAUGGACUAUAUAUAUGGAGCUGGUAUAAGGCCAUCCAAAUAUGUGUCUCUUUAAAUUCUGAAUCUUUCUGGUUGUAAUAAAUACUCCCACCUCUCUCUAUUAAUUUCAAGUUUCUAGUAGCACUCUCUUCCAAUA